GCUCUUCCACCUGCUCCUAUCACGCAUUACUCCCAAACAACUUACACAAGGUACAAUGAAGAAUCCCCUACACAUUGCUUGGAUCCUGGUUUUGAUGUUAGCCUUAAAGGCCACAUGCAAAAUAAUUGAUGCUUCGGUGAAAAACAAUUAUUUGACUCUGAAAUGCAAUAGUGCUAGCAGUGUUAUUUGGAAACAUAAUAAUGAAAUAAUAGAGGCGAAUAACACAGACUUGGAUUUGGGCUCAUUGUGGAAUGACCCCCGAGGAACAUAUUCUUGCAAAGCAUCAGAGAAUGAAAAUGAGAAGUCUAUUGAGGUGUUUGUGAGAAUGUGCCAGAACUGCAUAGAGCUGGAUACUGGGACCAUAUCUGGAUUUAUUGUAGCUGACAUCAUUAUGAUAGGACUUAUUGCCAUAGCUGUAUAUUGUGUUUCUGGCUCAGAGUCCCGCAGACCUGCACGAGCUUCUGACAAGCAGAAUUUGCUCCAAAAUGAUCUUUACCAACCUCUUGGGCAAAGGUCAGAGGAUACUUAUAGUCAUCUUAACUCACGCUAGUGACUCUGCCCCAGCGUGACUCAGGGUUAGAUCAUCAGUGACUAAUAUGAAUUAUAAAUCGACUAUAAGAAAAAUAAACUGUAAAUUUACAGUUUGUAAAAGAUUAUACCAAUCUGCAUGUGUUGCAGAAUGUAACACAGUUUCACAUACUGGAGAUUCUUCAUGGCCUUAGCUAUAAAACUAUACAGCAUGAGAUGUCACAAAAAUAUUGUCCUGUAUUACAGAAAACUUGAUCUGGUUUUUUUUUUGUGUGUGCUUUUAAAUAAAUAAAUGCAUUACAAUAACA